AGCGGGGAAAGGAGCGAGCGAGCAAAAGAGGCUGGCUGGCUGGCUGGCUGGCAGCUGUGGUGGAGACGGACCUGGUUGAUGCCCGCCCCUCAGGAUGGAUCAAGCCUGCGAAGUGAGCAGGAGGAGCUGCCUGUCGCCUUUCGCCAGCUCCUUAGCAUUAGAUGCCCCGGAGAGUGGGGGCAGCCCUUAUGGGGGGGAGGGUCAGAGCCGUAGCCCCGAACCACCUAAUGGUUGCACCAUGCAGUUACCCGCAGCAGCGUCCAAGGCUGCUGCGUUUGGCCAAGACCCUGCCUCCUGCUACAUCCCGCUGCGCAGACUGCAGGAUUUGGCCUCAAUGAUUAAUGCUGAAUAUCUGAAUGGCUCAAAAGAUGGCUCUGACUGUUUGCAGGAACUGGAAAGGAGCGACAUCUCCAGCCCUGAGGCCCCGGAGCUCUGCAGUUCUUCAGUCCUAGCUGACCCAGAAGACUUCGACAUCCAACAGGACACCGCGAGGCUGCUGGAUUUUGAGUCGCUCUCCCCUGGCUUGGAGGAGGAGGACAAGGAUGCAGAUUCUGGAACGUCAUUCCUAACGGCAGAAGAAAACCCAGAGGAAGGAAUUAAGUUCGUGAUGAAAAAUACAGCCAGGGCUUCCUGCAGUAAGGAGGCAGAGUUUGGAAAUGGGGCGGAACUGAAUCGGCAAAGCACCUCCAUAGAAGUUAGAUACAAUGAGGCCAUUUCUGCCCUGCUCUCACCCACCAUCCCUGCAGAGCAAAUACAAAGUAAUUCAUGCAAAGUAUCUGGAGUAGGAGCUAGAACUGAGAAAGCAAACCUACCUCCAGUGUCUUAUUUGCCUGGAGAUACAAAGUCGAAAAAAGAAAAAGAGUUCAGCAUUACAAAGGUAUCUGAAAAAGAAGAUCCAGGUCAGAGUCCCAUCACUUUAGGAAACUUGAUAGAAAGACUUGAAACUUCAAUCACUACAAAACCUUCAACAACAGGAUUACCAUCUGGUCGCACCAAGAAGAAACCUAUUCCUGUGAAGUAUGAAGCUGGAGAUCUUGUAUGGGCAAAGUUCAGUAGACGUCCAUGGUGGCCCUGUAAAAUUUAUCACGAUCCUAUGUUAGAUACGCAUACAAAAAUGAAAGUUUCCAAUCGUAGACCAUAUCGGGAAUAUUAUGUGGAAGCCUUAGGAGAACCAUCUGAAAGAGCCUGGGUUGUAGGAAAAGCUAUUGUAGUUUUUGAAGGACGACAUCAAUUUGAAGAUCUGCCUAUCCUUCGGAGAAGAGGGAAACAAAAAGAAAAGGGCUACAAGCACAAGGUUCCUAAGAAAUUUAUGGCUAAAUGGGAGAUCAGUGUUGGACUUGCGAAUGAAUGUCUUAAGCAGAAUGGUACUCAGAAAUGCAGACAGACUUCUAGCCAUCCAGACAAUGAGAAGGACAUGCAUUUAGUGGGAUCUUGUACAAAGGGCUCCUUAAGUGAAGAGUGCAAACAUCUGAAUGGAUGUUUUAGGUCAUUGGCAUUGGACUCUAAACAUUCCUCUGAUGAGAAGGCAAAGACAUCCAAAACGCAAAUAAAUAAAGGUUCUGAUACAAGGAGGAGAACUAGAGUAAGAAAAAGUAGCACCGAAUUGGAGACAUCCAAGAGGGACAGUGGGGGGAAAGUGGCAGUGAACAAAGUUAAAAAUAUGAUUACUACAGAUCUGCCAGAUAAGCAGGCAUCUCAUGAACUGUGCAGGAUAGCAAAGAGCCUAAUGGGAUCCAAAGGCACUGUGGAAAACUACUUGCUCUCUUCUUUUGGAGAGAGACAAUUUGACAAGAAGCCUAUGAAAACGGAAUACAAGGUCUCUGAUAGAGACUGCCAGCAGGAGGCACCCAAAGCAGACUUGAAGAAAAAGAAAAACCCAGCAGGCUUUAUAUGCAGUUCAAAACUGCAUCACCACUAUUCUGCAGCUGAUGCUGGAACAGAGAAAGAAAUGGAAUCUGAUUCAUUGGAUAAUAGUACCUGUGAUCUAGACCCCCUUGACCAAAGUAUAGCAGCAGCCCAUAGUCUCCUGAAAAAUGGUGAUUCUGGCAAUAAAAGAGGAAAGGAACUGUCUUCAAGAACCAUUAAACAUUCUUCACACGUCUCCAAAAACCACAAUUCAAGUUGCAAACCUCUGGAAGGAUCUCUAGAUACAAAUGCCAAUGUUGAAGCAGGAGGUGAGGAAUUCCGUGAGCUGCCCCUUGCAGCUGAGGUGGCUUCACCUUACAGGAAUGACAAUCUAACCCGUGUAGAUAAGCACACUACACUCCAAAGUAAGGGGUUUACAAGUCAAAUGGAUACAAAACAGCCUCCGUUCAGAAGUAUAAAAUGCAAACAUAAAGGAACUGCUGCUGGGACAGACUCCUCUGUUAAGGAAGACGAACGUAGCCCCAACUGCUGCUUUUCUGCUGCCAAAGUUUCUCCUGGGUCUCAGUUAGAUAUGCCUGCCAAAAGUGAAAAGGUUGAUGGCCCAAAGCUGCUGAACAGCACAAAUGAGAAGUCCCAUGAUUCUACUGAAAUAGAGACGGCAGUAGUGAAGCAUGUGCUUUCAGAACUAAAGGAGCUGUCUUGUAGGCCCAUGAAUGCUGAAGCGAAAGACUGUGGGCCAGCUAAGACUACAGGGCCCUUACUCUUUUCCUCAGUCUCUGGGCAGAAUCACUUGCCUAUUGAGCCUGAUUAUAAAUUCAGCACCUUAUUAAUGAUGAUCAAAGAUAUGCAUGAUAGUAAGACAAAAGAGAAACAGAUAAUGACUACUCAGAACAUAGUCUCUUAUAGGAGUCCUAACAGCGGUGAUAGUUCUGGAAAUAAUGCUCCAAGUGAUUUGACAUCUUUGCCUACAAAGGAAUCCACUCAUAAAUUAGAAAAAAAACGAGAUAGUGCUCAAGAACCAGAGUGUCAGAAACCCAAAGAAGUAUCACAGUCAGAAAAGAAACGCCUUAGAAAGCCAAGUAAACGGCUUCUGGAAUAUGCAGAAGAAUAUGAUCAUAUAUUUGCACCUAAGAAGAAAAAGAAGAGCCGGGAGUCGUUUCGGAAGGCAAGUUCUGUAGAGAAGCCUGAAGGCAAACAGGAUUGCAGCAGUGGCAAGCAAGGUCAGAAUAAACAUCUAGGAAAGAAGUACAUGGAUUCGGUCUCACCUGCUUCUUCAUCUAAAGAAUCUCCUCCAGUCCUUGAAGCUGAACGUAGUCUGACAGAUGACCCUGGGUCCCAUUCCAUGGAACCGAGGUCUGAAAUGCCCGUUUUGACGUUGUCUUCACCAAAUGUGUUGGAAACUGCUGCUGCUUCUCCUUCACAGAGAGAGGAACAGUUGGUGAAAUCAGGGAGCUUUGAGAGCAAGCGUCAGAGGAAGCCAACUAAAAAACUCUUGGAAUCCAAUGAUUUGGAUACCACAUUCAUACCAAAGAGAGAGUGGACUUCCAUAAAGAAGUGUUCUGAGGCUGGUCCUUUGGAUACUGAAAUGUCUGAGUUGUAUUCCACACCUCAAUUUCUGGACUCUGGUGAAGCUCCUGAAAAGACUCCAACAAAACAGAGAAAACGAAAGCGGCAGAGGCGAACUCUGUCUGCAGCUCCAAAUAAAAAAGAGAAGGGUGAAGAUGCUCUUGGAGAAACCUCAAACUCAGAGGGAGAUAGAGCUACUCAGGGGACAGUAGGAAGCCCCAAGGAGACUACUGAAGAGGGGUCCGAAAAUGACCAUGGAGUCCCUUCAUCCAAAAAGAUACAAGGGGAGCGUGGAGGAGGAGCUGCCCUCAAGGAGAACGUGUGUCAGAUCUGUGAAAAGCCGGGUGAGUUGUUGUUGUGUGAGGCGCAGUGCUGUGGCGCUUUCCACCUGCAGUGCCUUGGGCUCUCCGAAAUGCCGAUGGGCAAGUUCAUCUGCACCGAGUGUUCCACAGGGGUCCACACGUGCUUUGUAUGCAAGAGCAGUGGAGAAAAUGUGAAGCGGUGUUUGCUUCCUCUGUGUGGGAAGUACUACCAUGAAGAAUGUAUACAGAAGUAUCCUCCCACCGUCAUGCAGAACAAGGGCUUUCGAUGUUCAUUGCACAUCUGUAUGACCUGCCAUGCAGCCAACCCUGCAAAUGUGUCUGCGUCUAAAGGUCGCUUGAUGCGUUGUGUUCGAUGUCCUGUUGCAUACCAUUCAAAUGAUUUCUGCCUUGCUGCUGGGACAGUGAUCCUUGCUUCCAAUAGCAUGAUCUGCCCUAAUCAUUUUACCGCUCGGAGAGGCUGCAGAAACCACGAGCAUGUAAACGUCAGCUGGUGCUUCGUCUGUUCGGAAGGUGGGAGCCUUCUGUGCUGUGAGUCUUGCCCUGCUGCCUUCCACCGGGAGUGUCUGAACAUCGACAUGCCGGAAGGGAGCUGGUAUUGUAAUGACUGCAAGGCUGGCAAGAAACCCCACUACAAGGAGGUGGUCUGGGUGAAAGUGGGGCGUUACAGGUGGUGGCCUGCUGAGAUUUGCCAUCCUAGGACCAUCCCUGUCAACAUCCAAAAGAUGAAACACGUCACUGGUGAAUUUCCUGUGCUGUUUUUUGGAUCAAAUGAUUACCUUUGGACGCACCAGGCUCGAGUAUUCCCCUAUAUGGAAGGAGACGUGAGCAGCAAGGACAAGAUGGCAAAAGGAGUGGAUGGCAUUUACAAGAAAGCUCUGCAGGAAGCAGCUGUGAGAUUUGAAGAGCUAAAGGCUCAGAAGGAGCUGCGGCAGCUACAGGAAGACAAGAAGAACGAUAAGAAGCCUCCUCCUUACAAACAUAUCAAGAUAAACCGGCCUAUAGGCAAAGUGCAGAUCUUCACUGCGGACCUAUCUGAAAUACCCCGCUGCAACUGCAAGGCAGCUGAUGAAAACCCCUGUGGCCUAGACUCAGAGUGCAUAAAUCGCAUGCUGCUAUAUGAGUGUCAUCCAGCAGUGUGUCCGGCUGGGGAACGCUGCCAAAACCAGUGUUUCACCAAGAGGCAGUACCCAGAAGUAGAAAUCUUCCGCACUCUAGCCCGAGGCUGGGGCUUGCAAGCUAAAAGAGACAUUAAAAAGGGUGAGUUUGUGAAUGAAUAUGUUGGAGAACUGAUAGAUGAGGAGGAAUGCCGGGCCAGAAUCCGCUAUGCUCAAGAGCAUGACAUUACCAAUUUUUACAUGCUGACUUUGGACAAGGAUCGGAUCAUUGAUGCUGGACCAAAAGGCAAUUAUGCUCGAUUCAUGAACCAUUGCUGCCAGCCAAACUGUGAGACUCAGAAGUGGUCCGUGAAUGGAGACACCCGGGUUGGCCUUUUUGCCAUCACAAACGUCAAAGCAGGGACUGAGCUGACUUUCAACUACAACCUGGAGUGUUUGGGGAACGGGAAGACAGUUUGCAAAUGUGGCGCUCCAAACUGCAGUGGCUUUCUUGGAGUGCGACCGAAGAAUCAGCCUCCUGCCACCGAAGAGAAGUCCAAGAGGUUCAAGAGACGGCACGGCAAACGCAAGUCACAGGCGGAAAUCUUGAAGGAGCGAGAGGACGAAUGUUUCAGCUGUGGGGAUGGAGGACAGCUGGUCUCCUGUAAGAGGCCAGGCUGUCCCAAGGUGUACCAUGCAGACUGCCUCAACCUGACUAGACGUCCUGCAGGGAAAUGGGAGUGUCCUUGGCAUCAGUGUGACGUAUGUAACAAAGAAGCGGCUUCUUUCUGUGAGAUGUGCCCCAGAUCCUACUGCAAGCAGCAUCGAGAAGGCAUGCUAUUCAUCUCUAAGUUGGACGGGCGCCUGUCAUGUACAGAACAUGAUCCUUGUGGCCCUAACCCUCUAGAGCCAGGAGAGAUUCGUGAGUAUGCGCCUUCCACAGAAUCAGCAGCUGGCUGCAAAAACACUGAGUCACCAGGCCAGCAGCCUUCUGCUACCGACCCAAAAUCUCAGCCAUCAGAGAAGCUACCUCUGACUGUGGCCCUGAGGCUGCAGCCCUCUGAUAAACCACCUUCCUCUUCAUUGGCUCUGAGAUUAAAGUCCUCAGAAAAGCCACCUGCCUCGGUUGCGCUGAAGCUACAGCCCUCAGAUAAAUCACCCUCCGCAGUGGCACUGAGGCUGCAACCAUCCGACAAACGAUCCUCCACCCUAGCCCUGAGUUUAAAACCUUCAGACAAAAGGUCCUCUACCCUGGCCCUGAGGUUAAAGCCCUCAGACAAACUAUCCUCAGCCCUUGCCCUUAGGUUGCAGUCAUCUGACAAGCCACUCUCUGCUGUGGCUCUUAGGCUACAUCCCUCAGAAAUAUCACCCUCCACUGUGGCCCUGAGGCUACAGCCCUCUGACAAAUUAGCCUCCACUAUAACCCAGAAGUUGCAAACCUCAGAAAAACUAUCCACUGUAGUUCAUGAGUUGCAGCCCCCAGACAAGCUGCCCUCCACAGAGGCAUCAGGACCUUGGGAUAAGAAACCCGCCGUAGAGGCAUCGGGAUCGAAGACAUCAGCCAAAAUUCCCACUGCAGAGACACUUGAGGCUGAGGUGGCAGAUAGGUCACCUGCAGACACACUUGGGACCCAGAUGUUAGACAAGCCAUCUGCUGCAGAGACACUGAAGCUCCAGGUGUUGGACAAGCAUUCAGAGCCUGAAUCUCUGAAUCUUCAGCCGCUGGAAGGGGCCGCUUCUGUUGGCCCACUGCCUCAGCCAUCAGGCAAGUCUGUCACUCCUGUGAGCCUGAAAUCUCAGCCAGUGGUCAGGCCAGCCACUCCCAUAGCCUUGAGGUCUAAACUAUCAGAAAAGCCAGUCACUCAUGUGGGAUCAUGGCCUCAGAUGCCCAACAGGCUUUCUACCCUAGUGGAUAGUAGGCCUGUGCCAUCAGACAAGCCUUCUACCACCGUAGGCCUGAGACCUCAGCUGCCAGAAAGGCUUCCAGCCCCACUAAGUCCACGGCCUCUGGUGUCAGAGAAGGCACUGAGGCCUGUUGACCAGAAUGCUCAACCAAAAGAAAGAGGCUCUAUGACCGUGGAGCAGAAUCCUCAACCAAAAGAACGGACAUCUGUAUCUGAUGAGCAGUCCUGUAGGCCUACAGGGAAACUUUCCACAUACACGGGACAAACAUCCUGCCCCCUAGAGAACUUGCAAAUACAUGAACAGAGCUCUUGGCUUGGUACAAAAGGACUGUCAUCUACAGAACAAUCACUUUGGACAGCUGAGAAACUGCAGGCCCCAGAGCCCAGUCUUUGUCCAGGCCAAGAAGUGGCAUCUGCAACCCCUACAGAGCAGACAUUUUGGUCAACAGGAAGAUUGUGUGCAUUUGAACAACCUCCUUGGCCUGCAAAAGAAGCUCCACGUCCUUCUGGGCAAACGUCGUGGCUAACCAGAAAUAUUCAGACAUUGGAGCAGAUCUCUUGGCUGCCUGGGAAAGCACAAACACCUGUGGGGCGGGACAUUUUGCCUUUGUCUGAACAAAAUUCGGUGCUAGUACUGAGCCAGGACUGUCCUGGCCAUGAACCUACUGAGUCUAAACCUAAGUGAAGCCAGUUUAUGAUACCAGACGGGUCACCGUUAUUGGGUUGUUUUUUUUUUAAUUGUAUAGGGAAGGGUAUUUUGUUUUUUGGGGUUUUUAAAAAUUUUACUUCCCCAGACCCUUAACAUCCAACACAUCCCACCCACCCAGUUAAGAGCUAUACCAGUACACGUAUCUAAAUCUGAAUGAUGCCCAGCCAAGGAGUAAGAAUGUAGAUGGUCUGUUCCUUCUUCGUUUUGCAGACAAUAAAGCUGAAAUCAUGGAUUCCACU